GGGAUUUUGAUCUUCUGUACCUUUCAUUCCAUUACUUCAUCCAAGAUGAGUUUCACUGGAUUUCUUCCAUCUCUGGCGGCAGCGCUCGACAAACCGGGGUUCAACUGGAAAGGCCUCAUACUCGGUUUUUCAGCAGCCAAGUUUGCGUUCGACAGCUACCUGAGUUACCGUCAAUAUCAAGUGUUGAAGCGCACGUCGCCUCCCAAGUCGCUUGAAGGUGCGAUUGAUCAGGAGACGUUCAUAAAGACUCAGACGUAUGGCAAAGCGAAGGCCAAGUUUGGGUUCGUUAGCAGCAUCUACGGAUUUGUUCUUGAUUCGGCGAUCAUUCUCUGUGAUGUUUUGCCAAAGCUCUGGAGUGUUUCUGGGACUGUUGUCUCGCUGUAUGCGCCACUGCGGUUCUCUGGAAUUAUCUCUCAAUCGGUCACGUUCUUUCUCGGAUUCAAUGCUCUUUCUUCGUUGAUUUCUCUUCCAACAUCGAUCUACUCUACGUUUGUGCUUGAGGAGAAAUUUGGAUUCAACAAGCAGACUCCUUCUCUGUUUGCCUCUGACUUUUUGAAAAAUCAGGUUAUUAGUGCUGUCAUUGGAGGCCCUUUGAUUGCUGCGUUCUUGAAGAUUGUGGAUUACUUUGGCGCCAACUUUUUCUACUAUCUGUGGGUGUUUGCUUUUGUCUUCCAGCUGUUUAUGGUUACCGUAUUCCCGAUUGUGAUUGAGCCGCUGUUCAACAAGGUGACACCGAUGGAAGACGGCGAGGUGAAGAAGCAGGUCGAGGAUCUUGCUGCCAAGCUCAAGUUCCCGUUGCAGGAGGUUUACCAGAUUGACGGAUCCAAGAGAUCAGCCCAUAGUAAUGCGUACUUUUACGGCUUGCCGUGGAAGAAGCGAAUUGUGAUUUACGACACGCUGUUGGAGAAAUUCGAGCCGAUUGAGAUUGUCGCCGUUCUUGCGCACGAGCUUGGUCACUGGAGUUUGUCGCACACGAGUCAGUUCUUGAUGAUUAACCAGGUCUAUAUUUUCUCACUCUUUGUGGCGUUCUCGGUGUUUAUCAAGAACCAGUCGUUGUAUCAGAGCUUUGGAUUUGGAACGCAGACGCCUGUUAUGAUUGGCUUUAUUUUGUUUAGCGAUAUCUUGACUCCCUUGAACAGCUUGUUGCAGUAUGGAAUGAGUGUGUUGAGUCGCAAGUUUGAGUACCAGGCCGAUGCAUUUGCGGUGGAGUUGAACUACUCCAAGGAGCUAGCGAAUGCGCUGAUCAAGCUCCAUAUCCAGAACCUGAGCACGAUGGAUGCGGACUGGCUCUACAGCAGUUACCACUAUUCCCACCCGAUCUUGCCCGAGCGGUUGAGUGCAUUGGGCUGGACGAGCGAGAAGAAAGACGAGUGAUGUACUUUGUCUAGAUAUGUUGUAAACACAAAGCACUGAAGACUUGGUGUAUAUAAAUUGAGAAACUGUUCAGAGACUACUGUUCAGAGCAGAUGGGAGAUUAACGGUGACGUCAUCGUUUUGAUGUCAGGGGCAGGCAAGAAAGGUCCCCGGUGAAUAACAUUAAAGAACAAAGAAUACAGAAAACAGACAAAGAGAAGGAAAACUGCUGUAGAAUAACAUUUGUUAGAAUACAAACAAGAAAUACUGAUAGUUGAUCUUUGGGCUCAUUUUAAUUCUCUUAUUUUCUC